GUCCCCCCACUGCCUACAUUAAAACUGAGUUAUUUGUAUGUAGGAACUAAGUUUUGUAUGUGACUAUCUAAUCUGGUUUCCCACAGUACAGUGGAAAGAGUUGGGUCAUCAAGCCUUACCUCCAGGCCUCAUGGUAGUAGAAGAAAUUGUUUCUUCUGAUGAUGAAAAAAAUGCUUUUGGAAAGCAUUAACUGGUCAGAAGAUACAGAGUAUCAAAAUGUUCAAAAGUCCUUAAAACACAGAAGAGUAAAGCAUUUUGGUUAUGAAUUCCACUAUGAGAACAACAAUGUAGAUAAAGAUAAGCCAUUACCUGGGGGUCUUCCUGACAUUUGGGAUAGCAUUUUGGAAAAGUGGUUGAAUGAAGGUUUCAUUAAACAUAAACCUGAUCAGUUGACCAUCAACCAGUAUGAGCCUGGGCAUGGAAUUCCUGCUCACGUUGACACACAUUCUGCUUUUGAGGAUGAAAUCAUUUCUCUCAGUCUGGGGUCAGAGGUAAAUGUUCAACAUUUUUAUUAGCUAUCAACAAGUAUCUUACCUUAAAAAAUGCCAUUUCUUAAUUCAAGUGAAUUAAGAUUUAAAGAUGAGAAA